AUCGAAAAUUCACAUUUCGCGCAUUCUAUCCGAGCACCCCACAUCCCCCGGAUGAACUCAGGCGACUCGACUCCCGGCGGUCGACGGCGGGGUUGCAAUUGUAAGAAGUCCGGCUGUCUAAAGCUCUAUUGCGAGUGCUUCGCAGCCGGCGCUCGCUGCAGUGAACGCUGCCAGUGCAUAAGCUGUAAGAACCAGGAGAAUAACAAAGAGGAGAUUGCUCAGGCUAUCCAAGCCAUCGAAAAGCGCACGCAGAAGACCUUCCGGCCGACCUUCAGAGCCCCCGAGUCUGAGACUCUGACAGAACCAGCGAAUCAGCCACCUCGGAGCUCCAUGACCAACAGAGAGCCACCCGCGACGUUCCCUACAGAGAGGAAAGCUGCCAUGGCAAUGGCUGGUACCUCGCCUAGGCCAGUAUGUGCCUGUGCAGAUGGAAACUGCACCAGCGACUGUCCGUGCUUGAGUUUGUUCGGAUCUUGCUGUCCUCGAUGUCUAUGCAAAGGGUGUCAAGUGCAGACGCAGCCAGAGCGGACCAAGGGAUGUAGCUGCAAGAAAUCCAAUUGCUUGAAGCUGUACUGUGAGUGCUUGGCAGCGCAGCGUAUGUGUGACCACCGUUGCAAUUGUGAAGGAUGCAAGAAUCGACCCGAGACAUUGGCGGAGCGAGAGCGAGCUGUAGCUGCCAUUUUGGAUAGGAAUCCAUUGGCAUUCCAGCCUAAAGUCGCAAGUGGGUCGAGCCAGCAUCUCCGAGGAUGUAAUUGCCGUAAGAGUGGCUGUAUGAAGAAUUACUGCGAGUGUCAUCAAGCUGGAGUAGCCUGCACCUCACGAUGUGCAUGUCAUCAGUGUCGCAACACGGAAACUUUCGUGUCCGCGAAGAAGAUGCUAGUAUUUGCAGGCGUCAGUGCGGACGACAAUGAUCUACGCGUCACCAUUCGACCAUCACAACGCAAGCUUGUAAAGCGACCAUCCCGUGGGAGUAAGAACUCAGGGCCACUAAACGGAAUGCUUACACCGCCUAAUGCCUCAACACAGCGGCCUUCGGCAUUGGAAUUGCUGUCAAGAAGCGCUCCAGUGGCUCCUUCUAAGCUAUAUCAGCGGAUGGAUUCGGCAAUGGAAGGGGUUCCUCCGACAGCACCUACAAAGCGACCAUCUAGCCACUUGGACCUCGUUAGUACACACGAGGGCGUCGUCACUCCAACAUUUGCAAAGAGGAAAUAUACCAGACGAAGCUUUAACCAAUUGCCAUUCAUGGAGCGAAUACAAGAGGCCGCAGUCCCGGCAGUGGAGCUUCCGAAUGUCGAGGAUACUGUCACCAAUGCCUACGACGCACGGAACACAGAAGGAGUCGGUGACCCGGAGCUUACAAUUCUCAGUCGAUCACUACUACACACUGCGAUGGCAGUGGAGUUCGCAGAGGAGAAGGAGCCUGCUACUUCCACGGAUCAAGCAUCAGUCCAGCAACCAAAGACAAACAAACCUCAGCGUGUUCCUGAUCCCAGUGAUGAUCGUGGAGCGCUGUCUCCUACUGCUGCAGGCUUAUUUUGCGAGGAGGAGUUCAGUGAGGCUGCUGCCGAUGACGACGUGUUGGCUACAAACGGAAAUGGAUCAAUAUCUCCCUCAACUAUGACUGAUCACAAGGAGCAAACGAAUCUCAGGGCCAUGCAAGAACGCGCCGUGCUUCAAGAGUUUAGUGUGUGGCUUCGAAAUCUGGCCACGGGCUUAUCCUCGUACUAGGCAAUAGACACUUCAAACCACACCGCCGCGAUCAACCUUGUACUUCAAUAACACUAUAAUCUGCGCGAAAAGCAA